CACACGGAGCAGCCCGACAGCGGAGCGAGUGCAGGUUCCGGAGCCCGAGAGCAUUCAGCAGAGCAGCAGAGAAGAGGUGGCGCUCCGUUCUGCGUCCGGGACACACCGACUCACUCUCUCUCCCCCUCCCUCUCUCUCUUCUUUACCGUCUCCUCCUGUUGGAGAUAAAUUAACGGAAAGCAGCUGUCGGUUGUUUUAGAGGCGAGGCGGCCGUCUGGCAGCUCAGGGAUCCCGUUUUGCCCUUUCUUUCCUCCUCUCCAGUUCUCUUUCUCCGCUUAUACUACUGCUGCUGCACCGCGCCCACCGUCCCAAGCAAAGAGGAGCGGCAGCACCGCACGCCAGCCACAGCGCGCCGCAGGACGGAUAGACAUGUUGCCGGGGUCCGCUGGUCGCCGCGGAUCUCCGGUGGUUUGAAAUGCAGUUUCGGGACAAUUUGGAGAUUUGCACCAUCCAACCGCACCGGCCGUUCUCGCCUCAUUACCGACACCACAUCGGGCUACCCUGUGAUUCUUUAUAAAUUUCAUUUUCAGUUUUCAUAACGGGACUUUUCUGUUGUUGCUGGAGAUGUUCAUCGUGUCAGGACUGAAAGUUGUGCGCUCCCCGGCGGAGGGCCUCUAACAGGUCCGGACAGUACAUGUAACCCGAGGCGGGGUCAAAGUUCAGCCCUGGUUGGAAAUGUGAAAGCGAAGGGGGCAAAAGGAGGGCUCUGUUUCCCCUCUCUCACUCUCUCACUCCUUUUUUCUGUUCUUUCCUUUUUCACACACACAAACACACGCACGCACGCGCACGCACGCACACAUACACACACAGUGGCUGGAGUUACAGUAACCCACACACACAUAAACACACACCUUCCAGAUCUAAGAUUAGAUCGACCGAUAUGUAUUCUCCGCUAUGUUUAACACAGGAUGAAUUCCAUCCUUUCAUCGAAGCCCUGCUCCCCCACGUUCGGGCCUUUGCCUACACAUGGUUCAACCUGCAGGCCCGCAAGAGGAAGUACUUCAAGAAGCAUGAGAAGCGCAUGUCCAAGGAGGAGGAGCGCGCCGUGAAGGACGAGCUGCUGGGGGAGAAGCCCGAGGUCAAACAGAAGUGGGCAUCACGCCUCCUGGCCAAACUGCGCAAGGACAUCCGGCCUGAGUUCAGAGAGGACUUUGUGCUGACGGUGACGGGGAAGAAGGCGCCGUGCUGCGUGCUCUCCAACCCCGACCAAAAGGGCAAGAUGAGGAGGAUCGACUGCCUGCGCCAGGCGGAUAAAGUGUGGAGGCUGGACCUGGUCAUGGUGAUUUUAUUCAAAGGGAUUCCCCUCGAAAGUACUGAUGGGGAGAGGCUGGUAAAGUCUCCUCAGUGUUCAAACCCCACCCUGUGUGUGCAGCCGCAUCACAUUGGAGUUUCAGUCAAGGAGCUGGAUCUCUACCUGGCCUACUUCGUGCACGCCGAAACCGGCCAAUCAGACAGCCCCAACCAGGCCAGUGAUUCAGAUAUCAAGGAGCAGCCAGAGAACGGUCACCUGGGUUUUCAGGACAGCUUUGUGACGCCCGGUGUCUUCACGGUAGCCGAGCUUGUAAGAGUAUCACAGACACCUAUCGCAGCCGGCACCGGUCCUAAUUUCUCAUUGGCCGACCUGGACAGCUCCUCCUACUACAGCAUGAGUCCAGGAGCCAUGAGGAGACCGCUACCAAGCACCUCCUCCAGCAGCUCUGCCAAGAGGAUAAAAUGUAUGGAGGAGGACGUGGACAGUCCAGGCGAGGAGUCCUACUACCCCAGUCAGGGCCGCUCCCCGGGCAGUGGCAGUCAGGCCAGCAGCUGGCAUGACGUGGAGCCAGCUGGAUAUAAACUGCGCGGCUCUCUAGCUAGCUCAUUCAUCUCCCGACAAGCCAGCCCCCAUGCUCCCCCCUCCAGCCUCCACUUCUCGUCCUCCCCCAUUCUGCAGCAGCCAGGCUCCUACUUCUCCCACCCGGCCAUCAGGUAUCACCCGCAGGAGACGCUCAAGGAGUUCGUCCAGCUGGUCUGUCCUGACUCCGCCCAGCAGGCCGGACAGGUGGGCUUCCUCAACCCUAAUGGUAGCUCCCAGGGAAAGGUCCACAAUCCUUUCUUGCCGACGCCAAUGCUGCCUCCUCCUCCACCUCCCCCAAUGGCCCGUCCCGUCCCACUUCCUGUCGACGCCAAGCCACCCUCCACCUCCUCCGAAGGUGGAGGAAACUCACCCACCUCACCCACAUACUCCACCCCCACUUCAUCUCCCGCCCAGCGGUUUGUCAGCGUCGGACCAAGAGACCCCGGCUUCAACAUCCCUCAACAACCACAGUGGUACCUGGGAUAAGGACUCCAGAGGCCCCCCCCCCCCCACCUGUAUUGAACAACAGAUCGCUGCAGCCUCCUCCUAGACCUCGACCUUUGAUGCCAGCUGCAUCGGAGAGUCCUUUCUUGUCCCGCAACUUGAGCCUUCUUCUUCCCCCUCUGCGCCUGAAUCCGCUCCCACCAGCGCCAUACACAGACUCAGCAGCAUCAGCAUGGCUACAGCGGAUCAAACGCACCCCAAACCUGGUGUUCAACACCUGCUCUGUACACUGUGCGUCGUAGACUUCCUUUUAGACGUACGGUUCAUAUGUCAAUUUUCAUUUAUAGUGCCAGACCCUGCCCCCAACCCAUAGGCCAGUCCAGAGGAUAAAUAUGCGGGGGACGUCGCCACUCCGAACAACAGAGCUUCCACUCUGGAGAGACGACAGCUAUACCCCCCCUCAUUCUUAGCUGUGUGUGCAUCCUGUGGACUUAUCUGGAGUUGUCGGAUAGGGAAAGUUACCUGGCUGAGACACCAGCUAAUACUCCCCAUCCCCUUACCUGAGUCCUCACACACCUUCUAGGAUUGACUCCACCCUCCCUUGACCUCACCCCCAGGUUGAUGGCAAGUCAGGGGGGGGAGGAAGUCACCAAGGCUCUUUCCAAGGACAUGGACCAGUGCUUAAUAGAAAGAGCUUACCUGAUUGGGAGGUGGUGCACAAACAUACACCCUUUCUCAGAUAUAACAUGAACUCAACAUGAGAGCCUGGGAAGGUUAUGAUGGGGGAGUACAGUUGAAGGUGGGGUCAGACACAUGGGGGAAGCAAGGGUUUGUUGAAGUGUUGUGACCAGGCACUGGUGGAUCCACGCUUGUUUAUCUUGGAGGCUUUAGCAUCAUGUUUCAUUGAUUUUUCUAUCUUAGCCGUCAUUUCAGCUGGUCUCCUCCUCUUCCUCCUCUAUCCAUCCACCAGACUGGGUGAAGCUACAGCAGGCAGGUGUGGGCCGAGAGCUCUGGUGUCUGACCUGCAGCAGGCAAACAGGAGAGAGAUGAGUCAAUCAAAUUUUACCAGUGGAAUAUUGAUCAUGAGGAAAGUGCAAUUUUGUUGGCUAGCUGUUGAAAAGUUAAAUAUCUUUGUAAGAUAGCUCAUUGCAAAGAGUUGUUGAAAAGUAUAUAUAAACUAUAUUUUUCUUCCUAGUCCGCUCACACCUCUGGGACUCUAAAAUAUUGGGGUACAAAAGACAACAGCAGCAUUGAACUAGGAACCAUAGCCUUGUGAGAAAUAACGGGAGCUGUAUUCACAUUUAUUGUUUAUAAUUUGUUGUUUGUUCAUCUUGUAAAGCUGUUAGCAUGGUAGAACAAAGAUCCCUUUAAAGAAAUAUCAUUUUAAACAAUCAAUUUUUAAAGCAUUUCUUGCAGCUUAAGAUUGCUUUUCAUUUUGUUUAAAAGAAAAGACGCUAAGCAAUUAACUUAUUUUAAUGAGCACAUCAUUUUACUGAAUGAUCUAAAGCUAUUUCAACUUCUCUUGAGUUGAAAUCAGGAGAAAAUAUAGUGGACUUAAUCAUGUUUUCUCCGGUUUCUGCGAGAUAAUCUAUAACGGGUGUUGCCCAGUGAUGGGCUGCCCAAUGAUUGGCUGGGUCUCCUUGAGGUCCUAUCCAAUCAAAAGCACUUAAUCCUGCAGUUGGCCAAUAGGUCGUGAGUGUAUAAUCAGGGGGUGUGGUUAAGCGAUGAAGAGGCAGAGCAAAGGGUAACUCUGGAAGCUUUCGUCCAUGAAUAGACAGUCAGGAGCAUCACAUGCAACUUACCAUUUUAUUGAACUGUUUUUUUUCCUUUCCUAUACUAUAUAUAUAAAUAUAUAUACACACAUGCACACACACACACACACACACACACACACACACACACACACACACUUACGACCAUCCAGUGUCGAACAAAAGUGAAUUUAAGUGAUUUACAAAAAAAGAAUAAAAAAAAUGCAUGUUCUAGUGUUAGUGACACAUUUUUCCAUAGAUGAUGUAGUUAGUGAGAUAAAGACACUAUAUUGUAAACCCAACAUCAGGCACUUGCCAGCAGCUGUCUAUUAUUUUUGCCCCGUCGAGGCCUUUUGUUAUGGCUCUCCUUCACAAACAACCAGCUCUCUUUGCUUCUUGAUAUCUUUCCAUUCUUUUUUCUUUUACCUUCUUUCCUCCCUCCUACCUUCUUUUUUCCGUACAGCAACAGUUUAGUUCUGCCUUUUAUUUCCAGGCAUUCUCUUUCUCAUCUGUACGUUAUCAAACUGCAUGAAAACAAUUGUCCUCAUCAAUGUGCCUUGAGCUACGGUCCAGUCCUGAGAAGUUGCACAUGAUCCAACGUGGAGAAUCUUGUUUUAUUGUUUAUUCCUUUUUCAAUUCACCUUCCACACCUCAAGGCAAAUGUCAAAGCGUAUAAAGUUGAAGAGGAACGCAUGUGUUUACAAAAACACUUAUAGCUCAGUUUUAAGAGGAUGCAGUACUGAACUCAGCUGUACUGAACUGCCCCCCCCCACACCUGCAGAUCUAACGCAGACCUUACAGGUGAUUUUACACCAGCUACAACCAGGUCAAUCACCUCCAAGUAAUUGUUAACAGCCCGCACACAGUGAAAUUUGGUGAAAUGAGCACCAUGUCUGCAAUGAAAAUCUUAUGUAAAAACACUAUAACGUUGCCUAUUGGUCCAAUAUAACAGCCAGAACUGGUUUUAAGUAGAAAUAAGGUUUGAAACAUUUUAUUUUUUAUUGAAACUCCAGAUGUCCUGAUGGCGUGUUUUGCAGCUACGAAGUUUGGUUAGUUUACAGUUCAGUUUAGCUGCUAAACACUUUUGAGUCAGGUUGGCUAACUGUUUGUACCCUAGCAGUUUGAUUCAGCUUGGCCAAUAUUUCAGUUACAUCGCUACUUCCAGCAAUUUAGUUUAGCAGCUAAAGUAGUUUGGUUCAGCUCAGCUAGCAGGUGUUUCACUGCUCCCCGACAGGUUAGCUGCUACAACAGUUGGUUGUUAGCAAUCUGUUACAUUUUCAUUUUAAAGGAGAUAUAAAAUCGAUAUGAAAACAUAUUUUGCAUUUUUCCUGUAAAGCCUAAGAUUAGAAUGAAGAUAACCUUUAUUAUUCCCCAAAGGGAAAUCAGUUCUUCGCUCAGUUCUCAGGGGUUAUUUUGCAAUGGCAUACUACAUAGGUCGGAAAUACACACACAUGCACACACAGGACCCACAGACAUGUACUAUUAGUGAGGUGGCAGAGUGAAGGGGCUGCCAGCCAGGGAGCAGUUUGGGUUUGUGAUGAGUAGGAGGUGAGCCGGCCCACUCCAGCUAGCAGUUCAUACUCCUAGUUCUUUUGGCCCAAUAGAGCGUCCCUAUUGUUCCCAAGCCAAGUCUAGGUGAAGACAUGUGUUCAUUUCUCUAAAUGUUGUGAUGCCAGUAAAUAAUAAUAAAGCAAACUAAGUGGUGGAAAACCAUGUUAACCCCCACCCACUCCAUUCACCCUAUCCUUAGUCUGAUGGGAUGCUUUUUUCCCCAAUUAUUUAAGUUAUUACAAUUUCCAAAAAUCCAAAACGUCCUGUUGUACAUUUUGCUUGGAUGGUUCUUCUACUUUUUGUUCCCAGCAAUGAAUUAUGAGGAGAUAAAAUAUGCAAUACCUGCAUGCACUCACAUAGACUUUUUUUGUCUUUUUUCGUUUCGUUUUUUACAACCAAAGUAAGCAUGCACGCGACAGGCAUCAUGCUCCAUCGUUGGUCCUAAAAAUUGUGAAGCCAGCCCUACAGCAAUGCUCCAGCCAGGCUGAGCCACCAUUGCUAGGGAACUCUUCUUCCUUCCUUCAUUGCCUCCUUCCUUGCCUCCUUCCUUUCUUCCUAUUUUGAUAAUCUACCAGAUGGCGGCAAUAUUACAUUUGGUCUCUUAUUGCUAAAGGUCUUUUGUUUCUUUGGUCACAAGCAAGCCUUAAACAAGUCCAACUUCUUCUCCAUCGCGCAGAAAACCGUUAAUCAAAAACAUUUUGAUGACGUCCAAAGUGUCAAGCACGCCCCGCCCUGCUUGGCAGAGGUUUUAGUGAUUAAAUGGUAUCCCUGUUCUGUGUUCUAUCUGCCUAUCCAAUUAAUCGGACAGUGACGUGAUGCCGUUAGCUGUGAUGGUUAAGUAGUUCCACUUGUGUGGGUUGCGUGUUUUUCUUAGCGUGACAUUUGUUUUGUUUGUUCUUGCCUACCCUUUAGCCAUGAGUUGGGCAUUACUUCCUUAAUUAUCUGCACUAAAUAUGAAACAAAUGACAAAAGUGAAAAAGUAUUACAUAACACAAUACAGCUCCAGGGCUUCAAAAAAGCAAAGGGAAUAAAAAAAAUUGCACGGACAUUUUUUAAAGUGUCACAAAAAUCUUGUGAAACAGCCUAGCAUCUAAUCAGCGACUUUUGGCUGUGUUGUGUGUAAGAUAAAGACAAAAUUGCACCCUUUUUAAAGAAAGAAUGAAAAAAUGAAAAAUAAUAUAAAAGCAAUAGUUUGGGCAGUUUAUUUUUUUUCUUGUGUUGUAUGUGUAAUUUAGUUCCGGUACAGCAGCGAAGAGACGCAGAGGAGAGAUAGCUCUAACGGAUGGGAGGCAGAGCCUGGGAGACGUGUUUGUAUGUUGAAUAGUUUUAUUGAUUACACUGAUUUUAAAGCUGCCCUAUUUUAUAAUGCAGGACUUUUGUAACAUUGAUAAAAUGAGGAAAAACUAGUGUUGUGAAUUUUCUGAUUGUUUGUAUCGAGGCCACAUUAUUAGAACUGGUUUGGUUUGUUUCUUGGAACUGGAUUUAAGUUGAAAACUUUCCUGUUUCCUUAUUUUCUUUAUUUUUUUCUUUAUUUGCUUUCCUUUUUAUAUGUAUUUAAGAUCAUUUCCUCUGUUGAUGGUAUAGCAUAUUCCUGUACUUAAAAAGUGCUGGGUGCUGUGGUGAUAAGACCAUUGUAAAUGGAUGUUACGGUAUGCUGUAUGUUUUGAAGGUUAUUUGUUGCAUCAGUGUUGAUGAACCUACAUGUAGGUCAUUUUGAGGAAAAUUGGUAAGAAAAGCAAGUGUUUUUUAUGCAUUUUAAAAUUUAAGUUUUCGGCAGGAGACAGCCAAAGGAUGCCCCUACUAUAAAUGCAUCUAGGCAUCUUUUUUUGUGUUCAUCAUUCCAUGCAGGAAAAUAAACAGCUUGAUUAUGCAACAUGA